AUGACCAAAGUCUUCGACUGCAUCUCGGAAGGCGAGAGCCCCAAGAUCUGCGCCGACGCCGUCUCAUCCAAGGGAGGCGUAAUCAGCUAUCUCCUCCCAGCGAAGCACGACCGCCAGGAAGUCGAGAACAAGCACACCCUUGCGUACACCGUGACCGGCGAGUCGUUCAAAUUUGGACCGAACGAAGUGCCUGCGAAGCCUGAGGACUUUGAGUUCGCGAAGAAGUUCUCCGAGAUCAGCACGAAGUUGCUGGCUUCUUCACAGGUCUCUGUGCAUCCGCCGAAGGUUGGCAAGGAUGGGCUGAAGGGCGUGAUUCAAGGGCUGGAUGACUUGAAGCAGGGGAAGGUCAGCGGUGUCAAGCUGGUGUAUAAGGUCAGCGAGACGCCAUGA